AUCAUAAUUUAAUACUUAAUUUUGUUUAUUUAAUUUUAUAUCAUCUUAAAAUUGCCCAGUUCGCAUGCAUGAUAAUAGUUAUAAUACAUAAUUUCAAGUUGCGAUAUUCCAAAACAAAUCGGACCAAAUUCCUGCCUUCAAGGCGCGAUCUCCACCAGCAUUUACAUUUACUAAUCCAAAUCGGUACGCAAAGACCAAUACCCUAAGGCCCUACGGCGCGAUCUCCACCUUUAUAUUGAGCUAAACUUCAACCCACGGCCACAACAUGGAGAAGUGCUCGUCCAACGCCACUGCCACCAUGCCACUAGUGAACGCCGGCGCACCGGCGCUUGCAAUGCUAGCCGCAACGGCUGCCACCAUCGUGCUCCUUCUCGCGUUCCUGCGGCGCCAGAGCAGCAAGACCACCCUGUCCAGGCGCGGCGGGCUGCCGCCGGGGCCCGCGGGGCUGCCUGUGCUGGGCAACAUGCACCAGAUGCUCGCGAACAAGCCCGUCUUCCGGUGGCUGCACCGCCUGCUGGAGCACGCCGGCGGGGAGAUCGUGCGCGUGCGCCUCGGCCCCGUGCACGUCGUCGUCGUGGCGUGCCCAGCGAUGGCCCGGGAGGUGCUGCGCAAGAACGACGCCGUGUUCGCGGACCGGCCGACCACGUUCGCGGCCGAGUCCUUCAGCGUGGGCUACCGCAGCGCCAGCAUCUCCCCCUACGGCGACCAGUGGAGGAAGAUGCGGCGCGUCCUCACCGCCGAGGUCCUCUCCCCGGCCACCGAGCACCGCCUCCGCGGCGCCCGUGAGGAAGAGGCCGACCACAUGCUGCGGUGGGUGCACGCCCAGUGCAAUGCCUGCGGCAUCAUCGACGUGCGCCACCUUGCCAGGCACUUCUGCGGCAACCUCAUCCGGAGGCUCACCCUGGGGCGACGGCAUUUCCGCGACCAGCAGCCGGACGCCGUCGGGGCGCCGGGGCCCGACGAAGAGGAGCACGUGGACGCGCUGUUCGCGGUGCUCAGCUACCUCGACGCGUUCGCCGUGUCCGACUACUUCCCGGCACUGGUCGGCCUCGACCUGGACGGCCACGAGAAGGUCAUCAGGGGCGUGAUGAGGACGCUGAACCGGCUGCACGACCCCGUCAUCGAGGAGCGGGUGGAGGAGUGGCGGUUGCUGCGGAAAGCCGGCGAGCGGCGCGAUGUUGCCGACUUCCUCGACGUGCUCGCCUCGCUUGACGGCGCGGGCGGGCGGCCGCUCCUCACCGUGGAAGAGAUCAAGGCACAGGCCAUUGAUAUCAUGAUUGCUAGCGUGGACAACCCAUCGAACGCGGUGGAGUGGGCGCUGGCGGAGAUGAUGAACAAGCCGGAGCUGAUGCGGAAGGCGAUGGAGGAGCUCGACGCCGUCGUCGGCCGGGACCGGCUGGUCCAGGAGCCCGACCUCCGCAGCCUCAACUACCUCAAGGCCUGCAUCCGGGAGGCCUUCCGCCUCCACCCGUACCACCCGCUCAACCCGCCCCGCGUCGCCAUGGCCGACACCACCGUCGCCGGCUACUCGGUCCCCAGGGGCAGCCAGGUCGUCCUGAGCCGCGUCGCCCUCGGGCGGAACCCCAGGGUGUGGGCCGACCCGCUCGAGUUCCGGCCGGAGCGGCACCUGGCCGGCGACGACGCCGCCGUGGCGCUCAGCGAGCCGGAGCUGCGGUUCGUGUCCUUCAGCACCGGGCGGCGGGGCUGCCCCGGGAUCGCGCUCGGCACCCUCUUCACCGUCAUGCUGUUCGCGCGGCUCCUGCAGGGGUUCACUUGGAGCUUGCCGCCCGGCGUAGAUGGAGUUGAGCUGCGCGAGGCGGAGGCGAGCCUCGUGCUGGCGGAGCCGUUGCGCCUGCAGGCUAAGCCGCGGCUGCCGGCGCAUCUCUAUGGGCCUGAGUACGACUGUUCCUCGCGAAACCUAUAGAAGGAAGGGCAAAUGCUUUGUGUAGCUGGCUAGCCGCUGUACGUGCCCGCGGGCGUAAGUGUCUGAGCCCCGGUAUCUCCAGUGAACGUGUCUGUAUCGAAUAAAUCGCCUGUUCCUUUUUUCAGGUUUUGUAUGUCCAACCCAGCUGCCAGUGAACCAGUGGAGACCAGAGCUGAACCAUAUCUUAAGGCCAUGUACAUCGUAAGAUAGAAGGUCAUAUGGACAAUAUAAUAAAGUGCUUAGAGAGAUGCUUUAAAGAUAAA